AUGUUUGAAAAUAUUAGUCGAGAAGAAGCAGUCAGUAUGUUAUUAGAUCAAACAGAUGGAACGUUUCUUGUACGACAAAGUGGAACAAUUAAGGGCGAUCUUGUUUUAUGUGUCAAAGAAGGCUCUAAAGUCAGUCACUAUAUUAUUAAUCGUCGAAAUAAUCAUGAUGAUUUAAAAAAUCAGUUAACGUAUAAAAUUGGUGAUAAAAUAUUUUCAUCCAUGUCGGAAUUACUCAGCUUUUAUAAACAACGUUUAUUGGAUACAUCAACACUCAUCAGAAUUUAUCCAAAACCUCGUGUGCGUUGUAAAUUCAAUUUUAUGGGAAAAGAUGAAGAAGAUUUACCUUUUAAAAAGGGAGAAAUAUUAAUGAUUGUUAGAAAGGAUGAAGAAUUUUGGUGGACGGCAAAAAAUGUGCACAAUGAAAAAGGUUUAAUACCCGCAAAUUAUGUUGAAUUUAUUUGUCAUGAGAGUGCACGUUUCGAUUUGUAG